GGCUGAGUUGUAGCGGAAGAGGAUGUCGGAACAGCAAAGAUGUCCGCGCUCGUUUGAAAACUUGCUGUAGCCAAAUCCCCAGUUUGGCAGCAGAUCUGAGUUGUUUUAAUGUUGUCACUGGUGACGACGUUGUGCUCAAGCAAGGAUCAUUCAAAGGAAAUAAAAGGACUCCGCUACAAGAGCCAGACUUUUCCUUAUUAUCAGAAAUAAUGCUGAUAUCUGGAACUCAUGUCGGAAGUCGUGUAUGAAGAGACAGCCACGAUGAUUGCAGCAGGGGAAUUGCAGUCGUUUGUCCCGUUUGGACGCGAACACUGCAGGAACCAUCCAAAUGCCUUCAACCUGCAGCUCAGAGAGCUCCAGCCCGCCUCCGAGCUCUGGUCGUCAGACGGUGCCGCCGGCCUGGUAGGGUCCCUUCAGGAAGUCAGCCUGCAGGAGAGAGAAAGGGAAUGCUGGCAGCUUCGGAAAGGCUGUGUGGGAGUCAGAGAGGAGGAUGUGGAGUUUGAAGAGGAGCUCUACACAGCAGGAACUGUGGUCGUCUGGAGCCAAGGCAGUCGGGCCCACGCCUCCAAUGUGUACAAGGCCUUCACCGUUGACAGCCCGGUGCAGCAGGCCUUAUGGUGUAACUUUGCUGUUCCUCAGAACAAGAGAGACGAGGAAGAAGUGGAGCAGACAGUGUGUAUUGUCCAGAGUAGCUGUGUCAAUGUUCAUACUGUGACCGGGAAGGACUUCAUCUCACCAUUACCCUUCCAGGUCUCAAAUGCCUGGGCAACCAAGUUUGGACUUCUGUUAGAACGAAAAAGCACAGCGACUGAUGCAAACCUCAGCCCCCCCGGGGAACCUCUGCCAACAGUGUUCAGCAUGCUGCAUCCUCUUGACGAGAUUGCACCAGUAGUGUGUAAACCUGCAGGUCUGCUUGAAGGCUCUCGUGUGCAGUAUGCAUCUGAUGCCACCAUGAAGGUAGUGUUCAGCUGCUGUCAGCCCUCUCUUGUUGUCUCCUAUGACACUGUACAGGGAAUACACUCUGUCUGGGCCCUGCGCAAGGUCACACCAGAUGAGCGUUCUUCAGUCCUGAGAUGUCCAGCAGAUCCGGUUGGCACACCGUUGGGUCUGAUGGCAUCCGGCUUUCUGACCUCUCAUCUCCGUAAUAUCUCCCGCCUAGACUCCCCUGGUGGGAGUGGAGCACCCGGGCUUGGUCCUGGAACUGGAACAAGUUGUGCUGUUGGCACCAGCUCUCCUCUCCACUAUAGCGCUCUGCACAGCCACCAGAGCAGGAUGACAACGUCUUCACCGAGUUUACACUCCCGUGUUCAUUCCCCAAGUAUAUCCAACAUGGCCGCCCUGAGCCGUGCCCACUCUCCAGGCAUGGCGGCUCCGUCCUUUUCAGGUGCUGCUCGCUUCAACAUGUCUUUCCACAGCCCAUCCCCCAGGGGGCACCAUGGCUUGUUACCCUCGCCAAACAGCACGGUGAACGAGACGAUGUUGGUGCCAGAGAUGGAGCCCAUCGUGCCCGACCUCUGCUUGGAGCAGCUGUGGAGCGAGUCGGUCACAGCUGGCUGUCACAAGGAGAUGAGCAGCCAAGCGUCUAAAGUAUUCCUCACCUCUGACCUCUGUGAGAACCGCUACCUCUGUUUCCUGGUGGAGUCUCACCAGCAGCUCAGAUGUGUGAAGUUUAUUGAGAGCAACGACACAUCUCAGCUCAUCUUCGUCUCGGUUACGACCAUCCCUGCCAAAGAUGCAGAGCCUCUGCAGAAUAUCGAUGCCAUGCUGGUUCUGGAGGCUUGUGGCAGUCUGGUUCUCUAUACAGGAAUCACAAGGGUCAGUAAAGUGUUUGUCCUUGGCCUUCUGUUGCCCACCUUCAACCUGACCAACCACCUCCCUCACCUCAGCACGCCAAUGGAGAACGUAAGCACGCCGGCAAACGCUGGCAGCAGACACCUCCAGAGAUUGGAUGAGGCUGUUAUGCCCUCACCAGUGUCAGAACUCAGGGGGCCGAACAUUAAACACCAUGAAGCCUCAUUUUUGGAAGAUUACACUUUCCAACAAGCCACGCCUUACAUCCAUGCCUUACGAGACCCCGUCUGCAACAGGGUUACUCUGGAACUGAGCAAUGGCACGAUGCUGAGGAUUUCUAUCCCAGAUAUUGCUACUUCAGAGCUCGUGAGGAAAUGCCUUCAGGCGAUUCGUUUCAUCCUGCCCAAAGAUGCUGCCAUGAAGGUGUUGGUGAAGUGGUAUAACAUCUACAACGCUCCCGGUGGUCCCAGUGCUCAUGCAGAGUGGAACCUGUUUGUCACCUGUUUCAUGACUCUGAUGGGCUACAACACUGAGCGCCUCACCUGGACACGAAACCUGCAUUUUGAAGUGCCUCUCUCUCCGGUGAUUGCAGCCAAGAAGGCUCGUCCCUCUGACGGAGGCUCUGAUGAGGACUGGGACUACUUGCUGGGGUCUCAUUACCACCGUCAGAUAAAUUCCCAGUCUAUCUGCAAUCCAGUGGACUGUAAUGGCUCCAACAAUGCUCUCAUCACAGAAACUGAGGACCCCUCGUCUGUGUCCUGUCCCUCCAGUCCAUCUCUGAAGUUGGACAGUUCAGCUCCUCUCUUCCCUCACAUCCCGGCUCUUUUCUACGUUCUGCAUCUGCUCUAUCAGGAGCUGCAGCUGAAUGAGCUGCAGAGAGCAAGAGCCUCAUCAUUAGUCUGUCUCCUGCAACAGCUGGCCAGAGACCUCCAGUUGGAAGAGUAUGUGGAUCUGUAUUGGAGAGAUCACCCCUCAUUAAUUAGUAACUUCAAUGAGAGCUGCCUCAUAGACCAGGCCCUGUUUGCUCAGACGCAGCGUCUGUCCUUCCUGACUCCACAGCCUCCCUGUGUGCUCAGCUGGCUCAGCAGCUGUCUGAGGGGGGAGGAGAUCCCGCCUUUCCCCUACCUUCCUGGCAUCUGCCAGAGGACCAGGCUGCUGGUUCUGAGUUACGCUCUCUACAUCGCUGGAGAUGAAAAUGCUACUUCGACAGAUGUUUCAAAGUACCUGUCCAAGCUCUCUGCAGGCCAGAAGGCUCGCACCAGCGAAACGUACCACAGAAGACAGAGCAGUGCGAAGGUUAAGUUCUCCAGCGGGAAUCUGGCUGAGCAGCUGGUGGUUUGGCUCACCUCUGAAGGUUUCACCCUGAAGGACCUGGAGUCAGUCCCUUGUGGUGUGGCGUUACCCGUCAGGGAAGCGAUCUACCGCUGCCGGGAGCAGCCGUGUUCUGAUUGGUCAGAAGAGGUCUGUCUGCUGAUUGGGCGACAGGAUUUGACCAAACAAGCUCACAAGAUGACCUUGGCCAAGAGCAAAGCUUCUGUAGGUUCAGGUCUUUCCUUGGAGCCUCCUGCAACCACAGAAACAGAUGAAGAGGAAGAUGGGAUGUCGGACAUUAUUCAAGAGGUCACAGGACUAAUCUGGAGCCAGGAUCUAAGGGUCCAGGAAGUCAGGAGGCUCCUGCAGAGCUCCAGGCCAGUCCGGGUCAGUGUUGUCCAGUUACCAGAGGUGUCCGACCACGAGUAUAUAGAGGAGAAAGAGAACAAACUCCUGCAGUUGUGUCAGAGGACCAUGGCUCUCCCAGUCGGCCGAGGCCUCUUCACUCUCUUCUCCUACCACCCUGUCCCGACUGAACCUUUGCCUGUCCCGAAACUCAACCUGACAGGCCGAGCCCCUCCCAGGAACACUGUGGUAGAUCUGAACAGUGGGAACAUUGAUGUUCCUCCCAACAUGACCAGCUGGCCCAGCUUCCAUAACGGAGUCGCUGCUGGACUCAAAAUAGCCCCUGCCUCACAGGUGGACUCGGCCUGGAUAGCCUACAACAAGCCCAAGAUCCCUGAGCUGGCUAAUGAAUAUGCAGGCUUCCUUAUGGCCCUGGGCCUCAACGGACACCUCACCAAGCUGGCCACACUCAACAUACACGACUACCUCACCAAGGGCCAUGAGAUGACCAGCAUCGGGCUGCUUCUGGGCGUGUCCUCGGCCAAACUGGGCACCAUGGACAUGUCAAUUACACGCCUGCUUAGCAUACACAUCCCUGCGCUUCUGCCACCCACGUCCACUGAGCUGGAUGUGCCUCACAAUGUUCAGGUUGCUGCUGUAAUUGGCAUUGGCCUGGUGUACCAGGGGACGGGACACAGACACAAUGCUGAGGUCUUGCUGUCUGAAAUCGGUCGACCUCCUGGCCCAGAGAUGGAGUACUGUACAGAUAGAGAGUCCUACUCACUAGCUGCUGGACUUGCGUUGGGCAUGGUCUGUCUGGGCCAUGGCAGUAACCUGAUUGGGAUGACAGACCUGAAUGUCCCCGAGCAGCUGUAUCAGUACAUGGUGGGGGGCCAUCGCAGAGCUCAGGCGGGGGCCAACAGGGAGAGACACAAGUCUCCCAGCUACCAAAUCAAGGAGGGCGACACUAUAAAUGUAGAUGUGACGUGUCCAGGGGCCACGCUGGCCCUUGCCAUGAUCUAUCUCAAGACCAACAACAGGUCGAUUGCUGAUUGGCUGAAACCUCCAGAUACUUGGUUCCUACUGGAUUUCAUCAAGCCUGAGUUUCUGCUGCUGAGGACUCUUGCUCGGUGUCUCAUCAUGUGGGAUGAAAUCUUGCCAAAUACUGAGUGGGUCAAGAGUAACAUACCUCAGAUCAUGAGGGGGUCUUUUGACCCUUCAGAAGACAUUAACAUGGAGACUAUGGCUCAAGCUCAAGACUACAUCACCGCCGGGGCCUGCAUGGCAUUGGGCUUACGCUUUGCUGGUUCCGCCAACUCCGAUGCCUUCGACUGCCUCUACGAGUUCGCAAGGACCUUCAUGAAGAUCAUGUCCUUUGCUGGUACAGCUGCUGUUCAGACGGGUUAUUAUAACCUGCAGACCGGUCUGUCCAUGAUUCUGCUGGCGAUGUCGAUGGUGAUGUCCGGCACUGGGAACCUGAAGGUUCUGCAGCUCUGUCGCUUUCUCCACAAGCGAACUGGUGGUGAGAUGAACUACGGCUUCCACAUGGCUCAUCACAUGGCACUCGGCCUGCUUUUCCUGGGAGGGGGCAGGUACACCUUGAGCACCUCCAAUUCAGCCAUCGCCGCUCUGCUGUGUGCCCUGUACCCACACUUCCCUGCUCACAGUACUGACAACCGCUACCACCUGCAGGCGUUGCGGCACCUGGCUGUGCUGGCUGCAGAGCCACGCCUGCUGGUCCCUGUGGACGUUGAUUCCCUGAAGCCCUGCUACGCCCUCUUAGAGGUCACCUACAAAGAGACCAAGUGGUACGAUGAGACCACCGUAGAACUGAUGGCUCCCACUAUGCUUCCUGAAUUGCAUCUUCUCAAACGGGUGAAGGUGAAGGGGCCGCGAUACUGGGAACUGUCCAUAGACCUCAGUAAAGAAACGCAGCGUCUAGAGUCCAUCCUGUCCAGAGAUGGGGUGUUGUAUGUAAAACUAAGGGCAGGCCAGCUGCCUUACAAAGACGACCCACAAGGCUGGAAGAGCCUGCUGUCCUCCACUGUCAACCACAUCAGCUCUGGAGUGAGAGCCUUCAAGCCUGAAGCCAUCUCUACAUUUACCUCAGAGCCCGCUCUGGUCUCCUUUGCCAAGUUCUUCUGUAAAACAUCUGAAGGAGUGAAAUACAGUGAAGAUUCUCAGGUGUUGUUCUCUGCAAUGCUGUAUGAAUGUGUGACUCAGGAGUGUCCAGAGAUGCUGCCCACGUAUAUCGCUAUUGAGCAGGCGGUGGGUGCUCUGCGUCGGGGAGACAUGCGGCAGACCUUCCCUAUGUGGCAGAUGCGUCUGGUGGUGGAGUUGUGGGACAGCAGGGUGCUGCACGGUCCCGCCCUGCUCACCUCCGAGUUUCUGCCCGUUAUGAAGAACAUGGUGGAUGUAGCACUGGACAGCUGGCUCAGAGACAACAGCUCAGUGUUGAGGUCCUACAUGAGGGGCGAGGCCCUCCCUAAGAGUGCCCAGUCCAACAUGCUGGCCUGCUUCCUGGUGUACCGCUCCAUCCCCUGUCUCAGGAACACACACACACAGCUGGAGGGCUGCAGCUCGCUCGGAGAUCUGCUGUCACGCAGCAGCCAGCUGGGCAUCCCUCUCAGAGACCUGCUGAGGCUGGUACCCGUGCUGCUGAGCUCUGCCUCCGGACCACAGACUCUGCAGGGCUUCCCUCUGCAAGCGUUUUCAUCCUGAUGCUCAGUACUGGUCAACUGACAAGUAACCUCUCAGAAAGGAGGCUCAUAGCCUUAUGUUCCCACUGCGAGCACAGGUAGGACAGAUACCUGAUUUCUACCUGUAACACCUCUGGGGUGUGUACAGCAAGUGGGACAAAAUGUGACCUUAGGAGGUCUUGGGUCUCCUGUGAGGAGGACUGUUGGAAAGACUUUGUUUCCUUCUCAGCCACUAGAAAAUGGAAGAACUGGUAUUAGAGUUUUGUAAUAUAUUUUAUUUAGUUUAGUUUUUUGGGGUUUUUUACAGCAUAAAGAAAGGCUACAGUGCUGAUGCAGUACUCAUGUAAUUGUUGUGGUACAACAAAUCCAGAAUGGGGGCUUUUUUUUUGUCUAUGGGUACCACAAGAAAACAUUUCUUCACCACCAAACAUGGAGAGAAAGAACUGGUCAGUACACAGUGAAAAGGAUUUGGCUGUAGUUGUACCAGCGAGCUCCUGAGCUCAGGCCGCAGUGUUGUAAAGACGAGACAAUAAAGCGGAAAAAGUACCU